AUGGAGGGGACGGGGCAGUUAAAUUUUGGAUUUUCAGCAGACUUCACUGCAAAUCUGUCUUUGAAUCCAGGACUGCAAUGCAAUGGUAUAUUUUCAUGUCAAUUUUCUAUUUGAAGUUAUCUGAUUCUUAGUCCACUUUCAAUUUCAGAGAAGUCAAAGAAAACAGAAGAGACUAAGAUGAUAAACAAAUGUAGAUUUUUCCAGGUUUCUUAUUAAUAAUUGUUAUGCCUCAGCCUAUCACAGCACCUGUAAAAGUAAUUUGUAGAGUAAGUCAUUUUAUUUUUUUCUUAUAGGAAUCUUGGGCCUUCCUCUGGAAGGGCAGGGCACAUCAGUUGGACAGUAAGUACUUGUUCUAAUACAAUUAUACAAAAAAUAUAUUUGUAGUUAAAAAAAAUAAUAGAUCAAUAAGCUGUUUUCUCUCUUUUCUAAGGCAUAUCCUUUUUCCAGCAUACUAAUGAUGGUAACAUUACAUUUGCAUAGUAUUCUUUAAACAUUUGGGAGGUUUGCUCAUAGAGUUCUUUUUGCUAUUGUUCAUGCUAUUGUUUUGCUAUUGUUUUUUGUUCAUGAAAGGACAUAAAUGGUCAGUUAUUUUGUGAGCAUUUAACUAAAGGUCUUAACUUUUGAACUGAUAACCAUUAAGUUAACAGUUUUGAUAACCAGUGAAAGCUAAAAAAACUUGGUUCUUGGAUUUCUGAAAUUAAUUGGUCACUGUUAUUCCAGAAAAAUUAAGUGCUAGCCCUAUCCAUUGUUUUGAAUUAGUUCAUCAAAUAAUGAAAUCUGGCUUAGAUCAGUGGAAGUUUUCUGGUGAAUUUUGCUCUAAUUUGUAACAUUUUAUAUCAAAAACAGUCCAAUUGACAUUCCCAAUUUUGGAGGACAGCACCGAAGCAAGAACUUUCCCAUGACCCCACCAGAUUCAGAUGGACCAGACUCCCCAGAUGCAAACCAAGGUAAACUUUUAACCCUUUAACCUCUAUGAGUGACCAAGACAGAAUUUCUCCUUACAAUAACAAUAUAACAUCAAGCAGUCACAUGACAAGACUACAGAAAAAUAACAAUAAAGGGAUUAUGAGUUGAUCCAAUACCAAAUUCUCAGAACAAAGAUGGUAAGAAUUGUAUGGCAGACAAUAAGGAGAUUUACUAAUGAGAUUUUGGGGGUGAAGGGGUUCAAUCAGAUUGGGCAGAGUAAGGGAAUUCCUUUUUAGAAUCACUUUCUGUUUUAAUGUGCAUGUUAAUGCAAAAUUUGUUUUCAGAUAUUUAUAGUUUCAAAUUGUAAAUUUUUUUUUGGUGACUGAUGAAGAAUUCUGCUUAUAUUGUUUAAAAAAAUCUGUCUCUGUAAUGAACAACAAUCUUGACAGAUUUUCCUUUAUUUUUACACCUGUAAUGAUAUGUUAGUUAUGAAUUGUGAAUGUAAUGUUAUCUGAUAACUUUUAACACUCCAUAGUUCUUUUGCCUAAUACACCUGGAAAUCAUCACAUCAUGCUAUCAUCAAUUUCCCACUCUGGAGGAAGGCAGGUACAACAAGGAUGUCCCUUGAGUAGCUCAGAAGAAUUCCCCUUACAGUCCAUCAGGUAACAGACAUACCUGUGAGUAGAUGGUUGAACAAGCAGAUGAUUCUCAAAAGUAGCUUGUGUUCCUUCAAACCUUUUCAUUACAUCUCAUUUGUCCCAUCUGUCUUAUUUAUCCCACAAGUCCCAUUUGUUCUUUCUUUCCUUCAUCCUUUCCAUACUUCCCUCUUAACCUAUCUCAUCUAUUCCCUCUAUCCUGCUUGUCCGUCUCUGCCUAUUCCAUCCAUUCCUUCACUCCAUCCCAACUCUCCCUUUCAUCUGAUCCAUCCAUUUCAUCCCACUUGUUCCUCCCAUCCCAUCAUAUCUGUCCUUGUCACCUCACCUUUUCUUGCCAUUUGAUGCAUUCUCUUAAUCCAACCAAUGUAUCCAUCAAUACAAAAGGAUUCCCCUCUUUUAAUUCAGCAGCAAUGUCCCUGAACCUAAAAGGAAGAGGAAAAGAGAUUCAGAGAGUAGUGAAACAUUAACAACAAACAGAAUAUCAUCACUCAGGCUUAAUUCUUUGAAAUCAGAGCCAGGUAAUUAUCAUAUAACUGAAAUAUUCUGUAGGCACCAAUGCUCUAUUGAUUUUAAAAUUGUUUCCACUGUGUUUGUGUAUAAAUAUAGCUGGAGUGUUAUUGGUUUCACCAAACUGCUAAGGAAACCUUAAUGAGAAGGUAACCAAGGAAAGACCAUCAACCCUUAAACUCCCACAAGUAAUUAGCAUGAAACUUCUCCCUGUAAUAUACAUAUGUUAUUCAGCAGACAGCUUAUGAGAAUAUUCAAACUUAUCAGGUUGAAGCUGCUAUCUUGAUCUAGCACGGAGUUCUCAUAACUGAUUUACAAGGAAAUUAGCAGUUAGAAGGGAGACUGAACAAUCAGAUCUUAGGAGUUACAGUGUUAACCUUUUGACCUCUAAGAGUGGCCAGCAUCUUAUUUCUCCUCACAAAAACCACUGAAUCACACAUUAGGGUCAUGAGAAUAAAGGAAAUGAUCACCCACUAAAGAAGCUCUUGAUUGUUAAACAAAUUCCCCUUGUUAGCACCUUUUGGAAAUGUAUAGAGAACAGUAUGGAGAAUAUGCAUACCGAUGUCAGGGUGUAAAGAGUUAAUUGGCAAAUUUACAGUUGUGUAUUUAGUUGCCAAGCCUUUGAUUUGAAGUGAGGCUGAAGGUGACUCUGUUGUGAUAGAGACAAGUAUCUAGUUAGCAUGAUAACAAAGUAAUUUACAUUUGAAAAGCAGCAAUGUUUGUAUCAAAACAAGGUCACCCUUAACCUCACUCCUGUUCAAAGGCUUGGCAACCAAGCACGCAACUGAAUAAUGAACUAUUCUUAUUGCUGAAGAAAAAAGAAAAUGGACUGGUUAGGGUGCCAGAACCUGCUUCUCUGAUUUUCAAAUGUUGAGUACAAGAUAUGGCUUUGAUCCUGUUAAGUUAAUGGAACUUUUGAGUAAUGGGCCCCAGGGUUGUAUUUGAUUUCGAGUGUUUGUUUAAGUGAGGUGACAAAAUCUAGAAAAACCUGUAGAAAAACCACAAGAGAAAAAAUAAACUCAACCUACUGGAUGAUCCCUUCUCUCCUUACCAGUAAAUACUGAAGUGCUUUUUACAAGUGUUUAUAGAUAGUUUAUCAAUCAUUUCCACAAAGGUUUGACUAUCUCUUUAUAUUGUUCCUGCUUUAGAUGAUUACUGUUUGGAUGGGAGUGGUUCAGAGGGCCUUGACUCUCCUGAUCCCUUCACCACCACUGCCACUCCUGAGCUCGAAAACUACCAAUGCUUAAAGUGGUUGCCGUACAAAACCGAUGAAUGCUGCAGCAUAUUUGACGACUCUUCCCAAAUGAUGUGAGUCCUUUUUUGGGUGUAUUGAAUAAACCUUUGGAUAUUAUAAUUGUAUGUGGUUUUUAUUUUUGUAAGAAUGUACAUGAAAAAUUUAUGGGAUUCUGAUUGGCUGACAAGAGUGCAAAUUACAAAUAGCACAUAUAUGCUUUCAAAAUUUUGACUGUCUUGACUCUGUGAUGUUUUUUCAUGUACAUUAUUAGCAAUGACAUGAUUUCUCUUGCAAUUUGAAAUAAUAAGCUCUUGGAAAAUUUUUCAAAGACUAUUAAUUGCACUUGCCCAAUAGACUUGUUCAAUUUUGUUUUCUUUGAAAACUUUACCCAUGCUUGACAACACCAAAUUGCACUCAAAAUCAUGUUAUUACCUAUAUGAAGUUGAAACUUGUCAUAGUAUUCCAUCAUUUGGAGUCACUCUCCUUUGGAAAUGACACAAGGGAAAGCUUGUUGAUGUGUAUGGCAGAUAAAAACCCUCAACCCUUUAACCCCCAAGAUGUUAUUGUCAAUUCUUCCCUAUAGCUGCUGCACAUUCCCUUGUAAAAUAUUUGUGAGAAUUUGGUGUUGGAUCAAGAUAACAACUUAUGCGUGAUAAGUUUGAGUAUUCUUAUCACCUGUUUGCUGGAUGAUGUAUGGAUAUCAUAGGGAUAAGUCACAUGCAUUAAUCAGUUCUGGGAUUUAAAGGGUUAAAGGUACCUAUUCUAGGAGUGGAACAAAUUUCUGGAUGUCCAUUUUCAUUUGAAUAGUUAAAAAAUUAUAGUCAAUAGCAUUUUUCAGGUUUAAGCAACAUUUUACAGCUGUAAACAGUUCUAAUCUUCAAAUGAGACCCCUUGAGCUAUUUGUUUUUGUGGGAAGAAACCAAGGUCUGUCCCUCUCCCCUCUUCCUAAUCUGGUUUCAAAUGCCUCACUGACAAACAUAGCAUUUAGCUAAAACACGAAAUGUUGCUGAGACUUAAAAAGAUGUUUUUGAGAGAUGAAGUGUUUCUGUUGAUGUUUUGAUUAUAACUGCAGUUUAUUUCUCUUUAUUCAGUCCUCCACCUCAGUUUAGAGUAGAUGCUGACAAAGGUUUCAAUUACUCUUUUGUGGAUGAAGCAUUUGUUUGUCAAAAGAAAAAUCAUCUCCAGGUAUGUGAUGUGGUAGAAUACUACGCUUUUUGAGGCCUUAAUAAGUGUCCUUUACAGAAAUGUUUUGACCCAAGGGCAAGAUGGGUGAGAAUACUGGACUGUGCAUAGACAGUUGUGAAUCUUAACCCUACUCAGGGUUUGUGUUCUUUAAGAGUGACAGUGCCUCUCUCUGGUCAGGAGUGUGAAGCAAACUGUUUGAGGAAACUGGCCAAUGGACUGGCAUUCAAAAUAAGGGGGAGGGGGGGGAGCCAUCAGAUCUCCCUGUUAUUUCAUGCAAUACAAUAAUAAUUGAUUUUUAAAAAUUAGCAAUAAUAAGUUCAAAUGAUGUUUCAAUGACUUGUUCAUCAUUUUCAAAUUCCACAUUGUCUGUCUUGUUUGGUCAAACUUUUUAUUUGUGUAUCUGGAGGCAUGAUUGAUUGGAUUGUAGUUAAGAUCUUCCUUACUUUGAGUUUAAUUUGAACAUUGAGUUUUAGACAAGGUGAGAUAUAUGUACACUACUGUAACUGGAAAUGGUAUUUCUGUACAAUUUGUUGGGUAAAAAAAGAACUGUGACAGGAUUACAGAGGGUAAAAAUUGAUAAAUACCAUUAUUGGUUAAUUGAAUACAAAAUUAUGAAAAAAAGAAAUUGAAUUGACCAGUGAUAACUUUGAAUCAAAAAUUGCUUUUAAUUCUGACAUAUGCUUUAUUCACAGAUAACAGCUUUCAUGAACCUUCAAUCUGCCCAAACACCCAAAUAUGUCCAGGGAGAGGUUUGUAGAUUUCUUUGUUGAUCUGUGAUCUUUGUUUACCAAGACAAAGCAGGUAUAGUUUAAUCUUGCCCUACUUAUUUUUCUCUUUUCAGCCAACAGAAUUAAGACGUAUUGACAAGUUUCGGCUACACAUCUAUGGAAUUAAGGUAUGCUGAGUAGAACUAAGAAUCAUUUGACCUGUGUGGCUCUGCACAUCCUUAUAUUCAAAAACAUUGUUACAAAAUAAUCCUCAUAUGGGGACUGUAUGUGAUGGAGCCAGUAUGGCUCAAAAGACAUGUGGCCCUUUGUACAACUCUUUGAGAUGCUGGAUGGAAGAGUUUGCAACAAGAAAAGAGAAAAGGGAAAGAGAAGUGAGUCUUCAAUAGAUUGCUUAUUGUCUGAGGUAGGUUGGGCUGGAUAGGAAACCUGCCCAGUCUCCCCACUCAGUCAGUUGGUACUUAAUAUUUAAACAGAGUGCUGGCUCAGUAUGCAAAAACUUACUGAUAUGGCCAUUUGAAAUCACAACUAAAAUUUGCCUUGCUCAUAACUUGUGGCUUUGUAGCUCAAUUGUGUAUGGCACCUAACUGGUAUCUUGGAGGCACAGGCUGAAAAUCCUAUCAAAGCUUGAAUUUCUUCAGGCUUUGUCUGUUGGUUUAAGGGUUCCUUUAAACUACAAUAUUGUUAUUAACAUGCUAUCGAAGGGCAACACACAGACAACCAAAGAACUUUACCCCUACAAUUAGAAAAGGUUUAUCAUUACAAAUUAAACAAAUUCAUGGUAUACAAGUGUGCUGGAUUUUGUUGUUCCAUGAUUAAAUCUACAUAUAACUUUAAAUCCUCAUUUGUUUGCAUUGAUUUAGAUGGAAUCUAAAGCCAGUCAAAUUGGUGUUGAACAAUCUCAAGCUGACAGAAGCAAGAGACACUAUGAACCAUUACAGUAAGUGAUUUUAUCUGCAUCACAUUUUGUGGAAAAAUGAACAGCUGUACACAAGGACUCAACAUGAGCAAAGAGAAAGCUAAAAGAUAAUUGCAGUUGUUAUGAAGUUACAAAUUCUAUGCAACUUAUUUUAACUUGAAACCAAUGUCCCCUUAAGCAAAGGAAAGAUUAUAUGAAGUGUUACUCUCCCACUAUAGUAGUUUAAAAUGUAUACAGUACACACAUUUUAUGAUUUGAGAGGAAAUACAACACUGCUUUGUACACAAUGUACAUUUUUGUAACACUUCAUGCUUUUAACUUUCAGAUUUGAAAUUUCACCAAAAGAGCAAACAAAGAUUACAGUUGGAAGACUGCAUUUCAGGUAUUGUGUUUUAUUAUUUUUUUGAACUGACACUGAAUCUACUAAAACUUUGGGUAAUUGCAAAGAACAGCUCCCCUCCACUGACAGGCAGCCAACUGUUGGCCAACAGUCAGCUGAUUGUUGGUAAUCUGUCGGUGUGAUAGAAGUAGCAUAUUGCAGAGAGCCUUUACCUUCCACCACUGGUUUUAUUGUUUGACUCUUAAACCAGACAUCACAUGUGGGUUGAGUUUUGUACAUGGGUUUUGUCCUCACUCUGAGAAUUUUUUUCCUGGAGUUUAUGAUCUUCCCUCUUUUACAGAAACUAACUUCAUUUCAAUUCAACGUAGAAACAAAGGGCAAGUUGUAAAUUUUUGGAUGUGUAACUGAAAUAUCCAAGAAAAGGUGUACUACUGAAAUAUGAAAUAUUUCUUGCUAUAUGUUUAUCAAAUGAAAAGGAAAUUACUUCAAACUGAUUUAUUUUAGCAAGGUGAGACUAAGAAAUAUAUGAAAACUGACUUGUGGAUGAUAUUAAUCAAGCAAAUUUUCUUGCAGUGAAACAACAGCAAACAAUAUGAGGAAGAAAGGAAAACCAAAUCCUGAUCAGAGGUAAGGACAGGAAUCUCUUCCACUGAUGAGCUAAGUAUAACACACAAUUUACUGUACUCAGCUGUGUUAUAGUUAACCCUUUUACUCUAAUAAUUCUCCUUAUUUUUUGUCACACAAUUCUUUUGAUGCUAGUUCAGAGAAUAUAUUAUUGGAUCAAAAAGUGAUCCUCUAAUAGUCCAUUUUACAGUUGCAUGCUUUGUUGCCAAGCCUUUGCCAAGGGUGACCUUGUCAUGAUACAAACGUUGCUGCUUGUCAAAUCAUGCUUACUAGGUACUGGCCUCUAUCACAAUAUGGUCACCUUCAGCCUCACUCCAAAUCAAAGGCUUGGCAACUAAGUACACUACUGCAAAAUGGCCUAUUGAUACAUGUACUUUCUCAUUUCUCAUCAUUUGUCUGCUUGAUAUUGUAUUGAUACCUUAAGGAGAAAUUCUGUCUUGGUCACAUUGGAGCUGAAGGGUUUAAUAACGUUGUCUUUUAGAUACUUCCUGCUUGUUGUUGCUGUGUAUGCUCAAGCUAAAAACAAGGAAUUUUUAGUGUGUGCAAAUGUGUCGGAAAGAAUCAUUGUUAGGGUAAGAAAGUGUCUUUCAUUUAUUAUUUAUUAUGAGUAUAAUUGGUCCGGUGAUUAUGGAGAUGUGAUCGCUCUGAUUGGUCGAGAAUUGCGUAAUAUCUCGCCCCUGCCUUAAUCACCUCACACGAGAUAACUAUGGCAGGGGUGCAAAUUUCAAAGUGGCUACCUUGCGUUUUAUCAAUGUUACCGAAGAAGUGAUAAAUGCGAUAGUAGAAAUGUAAAUUACGAAGAGCACAAAAGAUACUACCAAGUUUGGAGGAACACUUUUCAAAAGAAGGAUAUGAAGUUUUUGCUGAUUGUAUUACGAUAAACAAACCUGUUAAAUUUUACUGAAAACUGGCUGCUUGUCUCGAUUUGAGUAAUCAAAACAAUUUUAACAGAAGGGUUUCAACAAAAAAAACGAAUUUAUGUAACAGAAUUCAAAAGCACCAGAGCAAUUAUGCUAAAACAAUGAUAUUAUUUACUUCAUCUCGGGGAUUAUUCAACAAUAUUCAUUGUGCCUGUGGCGCAUAAUUAAUUGUAUCAUUAUUACUAUAAUCUACUACCUUCCCUCGAUGCAAAUUAACUGUUUGUGCUUAGAAGGCUCCUGUGGUCAACUUUCUAAGUAACUAGUCCUGAUUGUUUUCCUUUGUUUUUGCUGUUUUUGCUAGGCUUCAAAUCCUGGCCAGUUUGAGAAUGACAUGGAAGUUGUUUGGUCAAGAGGGCAAACCACAGACUCAGUGUACCGAAUGGUAUGAUAAUAAGAAAGCAUUUUUUGUUCUAUAAAUGUAUUGGCCUAAUUGUUUUGAGAGCACUCCCAGGCAUGCGGAAAUGGGUCAUUUUUGGACAGCCGUGCUUAAGGAAAGUACAUGGCAUUUUAAGAUAAUCUUUAGUUCUCGACCUUCCUCCAAGUGUUUCAGUUUUCCUUAAUCCAUAAAAACCAACGCUCAACAUUGCAAUUUUCUUUGGAAACAGUAGAUGAAGAACGCUUUUUUAUGCAUGUGCAACGUCCGAAAUCCAAUGGAUUUCUCCGUAAUCUGAUGUUUUGGUGUUGCACGUAAGCUUUGCUGGAGUCUCUGUUGUAACCAUUGAGUACCUGGCUUAGUUUUACUUUUGUUGUUUCAGGGUCGUGUUGGUAUCAACACUGACCGACCAGAGGAAGCAUUAUCAGUUCAUGGGAAUCUGAAGGUCACGGGUCGCCUUGUGCAUCCAUCGGACAUUAGAGUCAAGGAGAGCAUAGAGGAGGUGAAGUGUCAUAUUUUAAACUCUUGUCUGUUUACUUUCAGUGUGGUAGACCCUUUUGUGGAAGAAAAAUAACUAGUCUCGCCAGGUUAGGGGCCGAUCAUGAGUGAAUGAAAAGUCAAAAACCUACCCAAAUAUAGCCGUUUUUCUGGCCGAAUGGCGGUUUAAGAAAAAUGGCAAGUCAAUUCGGGCUUAUUACGGCAGUUUCCGAUUUAGUGUCGAAAAGCUAAAACCAAAGUAAUCCCAGCGACCAGUCAGAACUCAGGUUUACAUUAUCAUUAGCGAAUGAGAACUCAAAGUGAAAACAAGCUAACUGCUUGAAGCGCGGGAAAAUGCAAGUGACUGGCUCGCGAUUAUUUUUAGUUUUGCAUCUGAUUGGUUGAGAGGGUGGCGCGAGUUUUUUAGACCAAUCACAGAGCAUAGUUAUAUAAAACCACAGCAAUCCAAGAUCACCCUCUGCACUUUUGAAAAUUUUUUUUCUAUGAAGAAACUCAUGGUGAUAUCUGGGUUUCCUAUCUCCAAAUUCACCAGAGGCUCUUCUGAAAUCAAGGCACUCCAAUUUGGUCAUGGCACACCUUCAACAAGGAGAGAGCGAUUUUAUAGUGCUUGCAUACGUGACAAAGUCAGAGAAAAAUAACUCUGCACGAUUUUAUAGCACGAGCAUUGACGAACAUUAUAGCUUCGAUGAAGUUGAAUGGAAGCGAGCUCUUCACUUACUGGUCACUUUUUCUCUAUAGGUGGAUACUAGGGAGCAACUUCGAACUAUCUCCAGAAUCAACCUUUACAAAUACCGCUUCAGUCGCGAGUAUUUAGAGCACGCUGGUUUAAGAUCAGGUGACUCUGACGGGGAGGACACGGGGGUCCUGGCUCAGGAAGUGAAGGAAGUCUUACCUGAGGCUGUGAAGGAAUCAGUGAGUGGUUUAUACCUUCAUCAUUCCCAUAUUGGUGUCAUGUUUCCAUGGUGGGCCACGUAGGGACUAUGUUAUAUCAUGCUGUUCUGACGGUUGUAAUACAGUGUUAACUUGGGGGUUUUAGUCCAAUCGCGUGGCGUGGUCUUUGAUAUGAAGACUUUUAUGAUAUGUCAAAUUGCGAUAAAAUUUCAUUCCAGUAACAGCAAUAUAGAUCAUUUGGCUGUCAAGUUUGAUAAGUUUGAAACAAACUUACAUAGUCCAUCAUUAGCAAUGUAUACUGUGGUCUACUGUGUACAAUGUCUUGUUAGCUACCGGUUGGUGGUAAAUAGAAAAUAGUAAAUUUCGGUGUUGCAGUAAAACUUGAACCAUUUUACAAAACAGAAAUAUUUUAUUUUGGAGUCACUUGUCGACAAAUGUCCUCUAGAUUAAACUCAUUUAAAAAGAAUUCGUUUUAGGAAUUAAUCCAGUAUGAAAUCACUUUCUAACUUGCGUCGUUAAUGCUUGACAUUUAUAGAGUUUUGGAAGACAAGUAAUACCUUGUAUUACAUUCAUAUAGUGAUGGCACAGUGUGACUAAUUAUACAUCUUUAAUAUUUUGCAUUUCUGUCAACAUUUAUCUGAAAUAUUUUUUCCAGGAAGAUGUAGUUUUACCCGACGGAAAAACGAUAGAGAGAUUUUUGGUUGUUAAUAAAGUAAGUUUGAUCAAUGAUUUCUUCAUUUGUCAGUGCAGUGAACAUUAAUGAUCUUGAACCUGUAAAUACUUUACUAACCAAGGGAGCUUUCGUCGGUUUCACACUUUAGAGUAGUACUUAUCGGACAUUUACUUUUUUAUAGAAAUUCUUGCAUUCUCCAUUCUUUACUGCUCUUUAUGGUUUGUUGUUACGUCUUUGAUAGGUGUACUUCUUUUGUGGUUUUAUCAUGUUACCGAACGAAUGUUUUUUAGUUUCCUUUCAGCUAAAGGUUGCUUUACACUUUAUAAAAAAUAAUGACAUAAGUUCCUUUUAGUGAAGAGCAAAAUUGCAUUUUUAAUUCAGUCAGAUUAAGAACAGCGUCCGCCCGCGGAACUUUCGAUUCUGUCCGGUAAAUACUUAGGCAGAAAGCCAUUGGUGGUUAAUUAUCUUGCUUAGAAGUACAGUGUAUAGUAUAGUUAUUCGUUUUACUUAUUCUUUUGAAAAUUAAUUCUCUCUGCACAGGAAAGAAUCUUCAUGGAAAACGUUGGUGCUGUCAAAGAGUUGUGUAAACUGACGGUAAGUAUGGAGUUGUACCAAACGAAUCUCGCAAUUUACCAUGAAAUGAGAGUACGUAUUGAGACCUUAGUUAUAGAUAGAUUUUAUGCCUGAGAAACAAUAGAAGUUAUUCUGGUCAUGAAAUAACGUCUUGUUGCUUGUAACCCUUGCAGGACAAUCUAGAGGUCAGAAUAGACGAGCUGGAAACAAUGAAUCAAAAACUACAACGAAAACGCUGUGAUACUGUUAGCACGUUCAGUAGUUUGAGCUUGUCGAGGUGUAGUUCCUUCAGGUGAGUUCUACAGAUCUGCCAGUUACGUUAUUUAAUUUUAAUAAUUGUUUAAUAGUAGUUUAAUAGUUAAAGGGUGCGCGCUCUCGUGCCAGAACGUUUUUGCGGGAAAGUAGGCGUAUGAUACAGGUGGGGAGGAGCGUUCGGAGGUGUAGUUUUGGCGGGAAUCCGCUCUCAUAGAUAAGAGUUGUUUUGGCGAAAACAGAGCAGCCUUCGGAGCGAGGAUAUCGUGGUGUUGCGAGCACAGACCAAAUUCUGGAAAGGGAAGAAAGGCCAUGUUGUCUUGCCAAGGGCUUCCCACACCACGUUUUCUAUCGUGUAGUCGUAUUAUUUGAAUGAUCUGUCUUCUCUUCAUUACACUUGGCUUCAUAGGUAAAGAAUAAGGGAAAUGGCUGACCUACCCAGCCCAUAAGGGAAGAAAUUAAUUGUUACAACCCUAAGCGACUUAGAACGUAGCUCUCUGAUGAUACAGUUACAAUAAUUUUGCAGAGCGUCAAUUAGCAGUAAGAAGCCAACUCCAGAACGUAAAAAGAGAUGCCAUCAUCACCACCACUGUCACCAUCAUCACCACUGCGCAUGUGUACGUACUUCCUAUUUUUAGAUGAGGGAAAUUUUCCGUUCAUUGUCUGAAGUAAUCGAGAUUGCUUUGGUUUAGCUUUGCUUAGCCGCAUGAUUGGUCCAGACAACUCGUGCCACUUUCUCAACCAAUUGGAAUCAAAGCUCUAAUCAAGCGCGACUUGGUCGCUCGCGUUUUCCCGCGCUUCAGGCGAUUUUCCUCUUUUUUUACGUUGAUUCUCAUCGGCCACUUUUGAUAUUUUCCUUUGUUCUGAUCGGAGGCGGCCGCCAAUGGUGUAAUAGGCGGCUGUGCCGAACGCGUAAGGCGAAACCCAAACAGCUAAACAGACGGCGGUAGACCGCCGAUAAACGGAUGUUAUUGAAACCCAUACAUCUUUAAACCUAGAUUUUUGUUUCCCCAACAGAGACCUCACGGAGUUGUUCAUGAUGAGUCAGGAUGGUGCUCUCCCAGGUUCAUGCAGUUGACUAUUGUUUCUCUCAUAGUCUUCGUGGUUCUCAGGUAGGAUUAGAUCUUCUAGCUGUUGAGGUGAAAUUCGCAGUUCUCCCUUCCAGAUGCCGUACAUUUCCUCGGUAAUCAGUAAAGAGAAUUUGAUGUCACAUCAAGGCGACAUCCUCAGUUUGAAUCGCUGCGUCUUUUAUACUUCCUAUGCCAUUUGGACUGUGAUGAUUUUUUAAUUAUGAUUUAAUAUAAUUAUAGUUUUACUAUAAUUGUUUGUUUUCAAUUAUGAUUUUCCUUCAGUGAAGCGUUUUUGGACCACUGGGAAAAGACGCUUCAUAAAUGUAUUAUUAAUAUUAUUAUUGUUGUUGCUAUUAUUAUUAUUAUUAUUAUUAUUAUUAUAAUUAUUCGUUUCUUGUAUUUUUUUAAGGGUAGCUUUCCUAAAAGGUUCUUAGAUAUGUUUUGAUGAGGUGAAACUGUUAAGUGAACGAUUCUACUUUUUUUUCUUUUUGACACAGCCUUGUUGGGAUAGCUGUUAUUUUAUCUCUUAAAAAUAAUAAUCCAUCAAAUCAUGGAAAAGGUUCGAUCGGAAAAAACACUGACGGUAACGUUGGGAUCAACAUGAACAGCUCAGAAUCACCCAGUUGGUCGCCAACUGAGAUAUCAUCUAUUCCAAAGUCUACCUCGAUGAUUACAUCGCCUCCACUUGUAAGUAAGACAGUUUCCUCGACACCACCAUAUGUAACAAGCUCAGUAACACAUGAAAGGAAACACAGCACAGAAAAUAAACCUUCCCACGCCUUCGUUGCACAUGGCACCUCUUCAGUACCGAGGAAAACUCCAGUGUCACGAGGUAACUUUCUCUAAAAUGUGUUAAGCUGUUACGUGUUCAUAGGGUGCUUAGGAACCAUUCAGUGCUUAACGCCUGGGGGAUGAUCGAAGAAUUUUUCCCUUUAUUUGUUUUUGUUUUGUUUUGUUUUGUUUUUUUUUUGGGGGGGGGGGAGAAUCACAUGGUUUUCAGGGGAGAUGGAAGGGGAUCAGGCAUCACCAUGAAGAGUACGAAGGGGGAGUAUAAAAUUUGACUGCCAAUUAACUGCCAAUGGGGCUGGGGGGAUUAGUAGAAUAUGACAGAGCCUUCUGAUCCCCCCUCCCCCGGGCGAAAAAUAAUAGCCUCGUGUCUGAUUGGUCAAGAGGAGCACGGGUUUUCUCGUGAAGUAUCAGAACAUGGGCAGUGAAGGUCUUUACAACGUGCACUUUAUUACAUAGGGAAUAAACCCAAAUUGAAAAAUGAAUCUUUCUUCAAUUGCGAAUUGUUUUUCGGUGCGAAAAACAAUAAAAUAAAAUAAAAUAAUAAAGAAAUAACAUUUGCGUCCUCCUUUAUAAGGUGUAAAGACAUGUUUUCAUUUCGUAAAGCUUACUAUAAAAACCUGGUCAUGUGGCCAGCUGCCCAUAAAACUUUUCCUUCUUUCGCGCACUUAAUUCUGUAACCAGCGGGAACUAUAACAGAAUAUUGGAAAUUGUCAACUGAAAGAUUUUUUUUGUAAGACGUUUCUUUCUAUUCUCAUUUGUAGUCUUCUUGAAGUGCUUGGCAGCUAGUUUUGAGAAGCACUACCUUGAUAUUUAACGCCAUCUUAAAAAUUUACCUUAACAAUGCACGUUUUUAGAGUAAGAUAUUCAUUCGCGUGUUUUAACUUGGAUCUGAUUGCUUUGAUGAUCUCUUCCAUCUGCAGCAAGGACAUCGCCCGAGACCUCUCCGAUAACUACCCGCGUGAUCAAGCCUAGCCAAGAACUGAAAUCGCCUGCGAGCGAGGGCAGAACAAUUCCACCAAAAUCGAGGCAAUGUUGUAAACAGACCAACACUAAUCAACAAAGACUGCUCAGAGGCAAAGAGGUGUAUUACGAUAGCCUCACCCCACCCAAGGGUGGGUACAUACUCUGUAUUAGCUUUUGCUUAACUGCUUAAUUGGAAUAAUUCUCAGGCUCAAAAUUAUGUUCUUAACCGACGAGAAACUUAUAACAGGAGGGCAAUCCUGAGAUUGUUAGGAAGUAUUUAGUUGGUUAAGUAGGAUUUUGUCAUUUGUUUUUGUUUGAUAUGUAGUUACUGUUUGAUUUCGAAGUCCGAGGUUAUUUGGAUUUAAGCUAUCACGAUGAAUUUCCGAAUUAUGACUGUCUUGAAUAACUUCCAACAGUUGACAAACCACCAGUUGUACGUGCAGAUGAAAGUAAAUGCAUUAAAUUUCAAAGUCGUCCGAUUCAUCACCUGAGGUUGUUUUGUUAAAUGCGAGAGUGAUCUACAAGCGCAUGCUGAGAGCCGGGACACUUUUGUUACUUCUUUCAUGUUCUACCUUGGAAAUCUGUUAUGUAAAGGUUUCUUUCCGAUCGAGAGUAAUUUUAGACCAGCGUUAACCCCUUAUACCCUAACAUCAGUAUACAUCUUCUCCAUGCUCAUCUCCGUACAUUUCUUAAGGAGCUGACAAAAAGAAUUUGUUUAACAAUCAAGAUUCAGGGGUGACAUUUUAAGGAGGAAGUAGAUAGUAGUUACUCUUAGGGGUCAAAUACAAUUAUACUGACGCAGCUGAAUUACGCUCGGCUCGUGGAAAGUUCGGCGUCGAAACUUACACGAAAAAGACAUCUUUGAAGAUCACAACAAUUUGAUAGAGAGAAACCUGUUUAAGUUCCUCUGUUUUUUUGUUUGUUUGUUUUUCCAUAUGGAAGAAUAAUUAAUAUUACAAUUCUUAGAAGUUUCAAUUUUUUUCCUAAACUCGCAGGCUCACCUAUUGGUCAAUUACGCGAUCCAGAACUUCGAAUUUUAGAGCGAAAUUACCCCAUCAAGAACGAGAACAGGUUGGUGCUUACUUAAAUUGCCUCUUGCCAUAUUUUUGCCUUUUUUUCUCUCUUAUCUGACUUUAUUCUUUGUUUUCAGUUCUCAGAAUUCUUCACUUUACAUUCCAGUCAGCCCCAACUUACCGCUUAAACCCAUAACUCUCGAGAUCAAGUAAGUAUUAUACUUAACAUACAAUAGUGUCUUUCAAACAGAAUCAGGUCCAUCAGCUCGAGGUGCACGAUGUCAAACCUAUGAUAUAACAAACCAAAGAGGUUUUGGAAUUGGAGAAAAACUUAAUCUUCUGGUGAUAUUUUUCGUGUGGUUCUUUAAUGACCUUUUUAUAUUGUAACUGAGUCUAAUACAUAGCUGUUGCAUAAUUUACAGCUCCACUGCAAGUUCAUUGGUGUUGUUGUGUAACACGAAAUGCAAUCCACAAGAUGGCUGCCAAGACAGCACGAAUCCGCCAAAACUUGAUACUGAAAAGGAUCAGGUAAGAUGGCUGUUUAUUCACAAAUUCACACAACAUUUUUGUCUUGCCUUUUUUCUUAUUUUUUAGGCUCCCCAGCAUUUGUAAAGGUUUAUUUUUUCAAAUACUUUUAUGCACUCUUGAGGCCAGUUAUGUGUUUGGUUUUUGCUGAAGAAAACUUUUCGAGGGACUUAAUGUUACUCCCAGCUUCCAGAACAGUUUAAAAUUUUUUCUUUUUUCAGGCGAACGCGAAGCAAGCGCAAAGCGCGUGUGACCCGCGAGGGAGGACGCGCUUCGUGCUCGCCUCGCACUUGCCUUCGUUCGACUGGAAAACGUACGUCUGUUUUGCAGCCUAGGUUACUCUAGGGCCAACUUAAGAGAAAAAAAUAUUUCCACACAUUUAAAGUGUUUUGCGUUAAAAAUCCGACCUCCCGAAGUCUAACUUGGUAACUGUUGGGUCACCGGCUAUUCCGCAGCGAAAGUUAGGGUAAAUAUCGACUUCCGUCUGCCCUAAAUCUCAUACCUUUGUCUAUUUUUUAAUUUUUUUUUUUUGCUUUCAUAGGGCAUAUGGACAAUGAGUCACAGAUGGAAGCUUCCUGUUGCUUAUUAUUUCCAGAGUACGUAUCAUUUUCGUCUGGUAUUGUCGCGUAAAGCUAAUGUUACCUGUACCACAGUUCUCCAGCCGAGUGGUCCACGAUUUCUGGACUACCAUUUCCACUUCAUACGCAAGUGCAGUAAUUGAUGUAACCAACAGUUACGUUGCCUAAACCAUUUUUCGUUUAAUAUGUACGUGUUAUUUUAUUAUUUUAACGUUCGGGUAUUAAGUGUAUUUGUGAGUUGAGGUCGCUUUGUGUGGUAAAAUAUUAUUGCAUAAACUAUUUUUUUGCUUAUUUAAAUAUUACUUUAUCAUUUUGUCGCGCGUUUAAUAGCUUUUUCUGUCAGUUGGCGUCGUUUGGUGUGAUACAGCUUUCUUACCGGUGUAUUAUUUCUCUCCAACUUCAAUUCCUUUAUUAUAAACCUACGCGUCUUAGGAUCAGUUCUGGAAACGAAAUCUAACGUAGAGCACGGUUUAAGAGAAUCGAUGAACUUAGGAAUUUCUCUAUAAAAGUGGAUUUUUUCAGUAAAAGAAUAUCCUUUACAUUUUUAGCUUCGAACCUUUUACGCUUCAUAGAUAAUUCUUAAUUGAAAAUAACUUUUGAGUAUUUGCGUGUACUUCUGCUUCGUGGGCAUUCAAAUGAAGGUUUUGUGUUGUAUUUGUAGAGGGUACUGUAUGUCGUGCUUUAGAACAAACUCGUGAAUAGUCUCCGUAGCUAGGUAUAUAGUCUUGUACCUUUGUAUUGGGUAUAAAAAACCUGGUUUUUAACCUUCAAGGGUUUUUUUCCCAAAACCAGCGUACGAAACAAAUUAGUCGGCUAAGACCACGCCUCAUCACACUCUAAAAUUGCGAUUAUAAUCCUUAAUUUGUAAGGCAAAUCAACUUAAAUGAGUAGUCGAUAAUUGUUGUUCGACGCUAUGAUAAAUCUUGGAUAUAUCUCCCUCUUGUGAAGUUGUAGUUAAAUAUUUUUUGCUCCUCCAUUCAGUCAGAAACGCUAUGCAUUCUAGCCAACUCUCAAUGUUCGUAUAAUUUGUUUUAAAUCUGCAUUCACAUUUGUUAGUGUAUUUUAAUUAUCAUACAUCAAUGUCACUAUUUCAAUGAUUGGUUAAAAUUACGGAGGAUUUUACAGCUGGCACUGUGUUCGUUACCUCAUUCCCACAGACAAAUGAUUUUAUACGUCUACUAGUGACGUCAUACCCACAGACGUAAGCUUUAAAGCAUGUUUUUUGAAAACAAAUUCUCGAUCGCUUCCUGGCGAGAAUUUUUUAAGGCAGUGUAGUAGGACACUUUCGUGUUAGUUUCGUAGUUGUUUACUAGAUAGACACUAGUUAAACCUUACAGGUUUCGAAGAAGAUUAGGUACAUGUGUUCAAGGCUACAGCACAACCAAGUAUUGGGAGUGUGGAUGGAUCUGCUACCCCAAAAUUAUCGAAACAAUCUCUUAAGUGGCAUAGAAGCCGCUCACAUUUUGCAAGUCUCCUUUGCAAAUGAUUUUUUUCUUUUCAAGUAAGUUACAAAUGAAGUUAAGGAAGUGGGGGGGAGGGGAAGGGCUAGGCGUUGUAGUUACUUUUUCGCAACCGUCUUUCUCCGCCUUUUUAUUUUCUUGUACGAUUAAUCAAGAGCUUACCAGUUCCGUAUACUUUGUUCCGAAUCAUUCGUUGAAGUGUUAGUUUGCUCCAGUGUAUACGAGCAUAGAAGCAACGGCAUCGUUGCGAAAGAGACUUAAGCGCAUUCAAAACUGAUGUUGUUGUGAUUUAGAUUAAGUAGUGUUGGAUGAGCUGUUUUAGGCACAGUCAAACGCAUUCUCAUCAAAUUUUUCUUAGAUUAAAAGGUUUUUAACUUAAAGGUGUAUUCAAUCAGGGGUUUCAUGAAAAGCCUGUUAUACCAUCGGCUGCCGCUCAUGGAAAACGGUUAUUGAAAGCCCUUUGACUAACGUGCACCUAGAAAGUCAGUAUCUGUGAUUGGAAAGGAAGUGUCUUUUGUCAUCGGAAUUUUUCUGUUUAUUUUACUUUUGGUGGCAAGAGAAAUUUAGAGAUUGAGAACAGUCAAGAUGUUAAACUGGAAGUUAUGUUGUAGAUACCUACUAGAAAAAUUCAUAGUUUUAAGUUAAGAUGUUUUUAUCUUAGGCACAUAACAGUUC